UCUAGUGAGAGUCUGUCUUUGAAAGCCACUCACAGAGGAAAGAUGUUUGAUGCCAAUAAUUAUUUAAAACAGGCUUGUUUGUAAAUGAUUCUCCAGGGUUUUUUAAAUAAACCUGGCUCUUAACGGAGCCGUUUAGUUCAAUUUAAACCUGAAAGCACAAAUUCCAGGUUUAAUCAAACUUUGUUCAUAUGUUUCCAUUUCUGUUGCACCUCUAACCGGAUAGAAACCUAAAAGUGCCUCAUAAGAGCCGGAAGUGUAAAACGUUAAAACAAGACAAUAACUCAAUUAGAGAUAAACUCAUAAUUGAUUAUUUUGUCUCUGAUUUUAAAUGAAUCAGUUAUAUUUAGACUUUACUCUGAUCAAACACAGACAAACCUGCAGCUUUCAUGCCGAAGGGGCGUUGUAUUCCUUGUAAACACGCCAUGAACUUGAAGAUUACACACGCACGCGCCCAUGACAGGCACUCUGAGAAGAAUAAGCAAACAGGAGUCAGUGUCCUUAUCAGAGCAGAAGGUAGCAGUGUGCGCAAUCGCGCGUUCUGGUGACUGCGUUCCUUCAAUGAGCACCAAACGGGACCAGAGCUUAUGCGCGCUCCUCCCAUCGGACUCCCCACCCAGGGAGGGCAUCGCAGGUGGGACUGGUGCAGCUGAGAACGCCGACACGAACCGAAGGGAAGGCGGACGUCUCGUGUGCGCUCUGGAGAUGGAGACCACGAACCACAGCCUGCGCGGCGACUCCAAAGUGGAUUGCGUAAACGACUUGAUCAGCCGAACUUUUGGGGACCCAGCGGAGGUGUCGGUGCCGCUGACACUGUCGGGGAAGCGGGUGACUCACGUGGAGGGGCAGGACCUCUACAGACUUCGGGACAGAAAGUUUUUGAUAGAGGAGAAAAAGCGCCUCUGCGCGUUGGCUCUGGGCGCCGCUCUGCUCGGGAUUGUUCUGAUGAUCAUCCACUCUGAAAUAUGUCCCUACAUUUAUGAGCCGGGCUCAAAAGUCUCAUUGAUCAUCAACUGCUCCGUCAGCCUGUCCACCGGGUGUCUCCUGAUCCUCAUCAUGGCGUUCCAUUAUAAGGACAUCAGGCUGUUCAUCAUUGAUCACAACCAGGUGGACUGGCGCAUCGCUAUGACGCGCCACAGGGUUUUUGGGAUCACUCUGGAGAUGUUGGUCUGUGUCAUCCACCCUGUUGGAUCGUACUGGGACACGGGCCUCCAUGGGAACUCCUCCUCCUCUGCUCCUCUCUGUGUUUCCACUCACCACUCCAAGACCCUGUUGGACAUGGACUUGCUGUUAUCGGUGCUGAUGUUCCUCCGUCUCUACCUGGUCCACAGAGCCAUUCUGCUGCACAGCAAAGUGCUGCUGAGCGCCUCCUACAGGAGCAUCGGCUCACUCAACAAUAUCAACUUCACCUUUCGGUUUGUUCUGAAGGUACUGAUGAACAAACACCCGGCACGUACGCUGCUGGUGUUCAUCCUCUUCUUCUGGCUCACUGUGUCCUGGAUGCUCACGCUGUGUGAGAGGUGGACCCAAGAACCGACGGGUCAGAUGGACACGGCCCUGUGGCUUACUGCCAUCACCUUCCUCACGGUGGGAUACGGAGACGUUUCACCCAACACCAGCUGUGGCAAAGUUGUGUGUCUGUUCACUGGUGUCAUGGGUGUAGCCUGCACCGCCAUGCUGGUUGCCAUCGUUACAGAGAAGUUGGCAUUAAACAAAGGAGAGAAACACGUGCACUACUUCAUGUUGGACAUCCAGAUAUCUAAAAGGAUCCGCCACGCUGCUGCAAAUGUUCUAAGAGAAUGCUGGCUUCUGCAUCGCGCCAACAUGACAUCAAACAACCAGAGCGAGCAGCGGCGACACCUGCGAUGCCUUCUGGAAGCCAUCAGAAUAUUUCGACAUUUACGUCUCAAACAAAGGAAACUGAGAGAUUACGUCAGUGAGAUGGUGGACCUCCCGAAGAUGCAGAUGAUCAUGUGUGACCUCAGCGCCAACUGGAACAACUCAUACCGAGAGCUGGAGCAUCGAAUCCUCUCCAUGGAGCAGAAGCUGGACGAGCUGAGGUGCUGCUUCCAGCAAACCUCCAAGUUGCUGUCUGAGGCGCUGCGUCACCGCAACCCAGAGAUCAGGUGACACGACUACAAACCCUUAAGAAGUGUCUGUAGACUUCAGCACCCAUAAAUCAUCUCCACACAGAGCUGCUACUGACUCUUGGAACUGUGAAGUGUUUGGAGGACCAGCAGACGUAUGAAAGAUCUGGUUGGGUGGAGGAGCACUGAUGGAUGUCCAACCAGACAACACUUUCAGUUUCUGAGAACAUUAGAUGUGGUGCAAAAGCAAAAAAAUCAUCUCAAAACAAGAAAAAGUGCAUCUCAUAAACCACAAGACGCAAAAUUUUAUAAUUUUGUAGAUAAAACUCCAUCGUUGCCUGAUUCCUGUAGAAUGUUUAACAUUUAUUUAAGAUUUGUUUGUAGUGAUUUCCAGUGUAUCUUAUCAAUAAUAAUUAUUCUUACCCCAGCACCAGAUUAAUCAAUGGUCACUCAGUUUAUUUAUUAGCAAACUUUUCAAACUGUGCAUCUUAUUUCCCUUUUCUGUACGUCAAUCCAAAGAAACCGGCUUUGAAAUGAAGUGAUUUAAUUCAUUUUCACAGAAAGCAUAUUUUAUUUUACAGUACAAAUCUUGAUCUGUGGAAACUUCCUGGUUUUGGAUAAAAACGUCUUAAAUAAUGUUUACAUUUUGCUCAGUAAGAAAAUAUGUAAAAAUUCCCACCUGCCUCCAUUUCAAAAAUGACCCAACUGCUCCACCUAGUGGCCAACAGUCACACUUUUAAUUACUGUCUCAGGGUCAUACUCACGUUUACCUCCAACUACAGGGAAAAAACUGUCUCUAAAAGAUCAAGAAUGAUGUUAAUAAUAAAAACCAUCAAAAUGAUUUAAAAGAAAAACUGGAACAUUAAUGACAAGAGUGCACUUUAUGAGUGGAAAACUGGAUUAAACAUGUUUUGGAAAUUGAAACCGUGAUGUUUUAACAAAACAAGACAUUUUCUUGAAGUGCCUUGUUUUUGUUUUUUCUUUUCAAACCUUCCGCUGACUUAUUUUAAUUUUCUGGUUUAUAUGUGAUGAAAACAUUUCUCCAAUCCAGAGAAUGAGCGUUUCACCUCAACAUUUCAGAAUAAAUGUUUUCUUAAUUCAAACUAA